UACCGGGCCGGGGGAGCCGCGGGCUCUCGGGGAAGGCGCGGAUGAUGAACAAGCUCUACAUCGGGAACCUCAGCCCCGCCGUCACCGCCGACGACCUCCGGCAGCUCUUCGGGGACAGGAAGCUGCCCCUGGCGGGACAGGUCCUGCUCAAGUCUGGCUACGCCUUCGUGGACUACCCCGACCAGAACUGGGCCAUCCGCGCCAUCGAGACCCUCUCCGGUAAAGUGGAAUUGCAUGGGAAAAUCAUGGAAGUUGAUUAUUCAGUCUCUAAAAAGCUAAGAGCUGAGGAGAUUCCUCUGAAAAUCUUGGCCCACAAUGGCUUGGUCGGAAGACUGAUUGGCAAAGAAGGCAGAAAUUUGAAGAAAAUUGAACAUGAGACGGGGACCAAGAUAACAAUCUCAUCUUUGCAGGACUUGAGCAUAUACAACCCUGAGCGAACCAUCACUGUGAAGGGCCCAGUGGAAGCCUGUGCCAGUGCUGAGGUAGAGAUUAUGAAGAAGCUACGUGAGGCCUUUGAAAACGACAUGCUGGCUGUUAAUCAACAAGCCAGUCUGAUACCGGGGUUGAACCUCAGCGCACUUGGCAUCUUUUCAACAGGACUGUCCAUGCUGCCUCCACCAGCAGGGCCCCGAGGGGCUCCGCCCGCCGCCCCCUACCACCCCUUCGCUACACACUCCGGAUACUUCUCCAGCCUGUACCCCCACCACCAGUUCAGCCCGUUCCCGCAUCAUCACUCGUACCCAGAGCAAGAGAUCGUGAAUCUCUUCAUCCCAACCCAGGCCGUGGGCGCCAUCAUCGGGAAGAAGGGGGCGCACAUCAAACAGCUGGCUCGGUUUGCCGGGGCUUCCAUCAAGAUUGCCCCGGCCGAAGGCCCAGACGUCAGCGAGCGGAUGGUCAUCAUCACCGGGCCACCUGAAGCCCAGUUCAAGGCCCAGGGGCGGAUCUUCGGGAAACUGAAAGAAGAAAACUUCUUUAACCCUAAAGAAGAGGUAAAGCUGGAAGCCCACAUCCGAGUGCCCUCUUCCACUGCUGGCCGGGUGAUUGGCAAAGGCGGCAAAACCGUGAACGAGCUGCAGAACCUGACCAGCGCGGAAGUCAUCGUGCCUCGUGACCAAACACCCGAUGAGAACGAGGAAGUGAUCGUCAGAAUUAUCGGGCAUUUCUUUGCUAGCCAGACUGCACAGCGCAAGAUCAGGGAAAUCGUACAGCAGGUGAAGCAGCAGGAGCAGAAGUACCCUCAGGGAGUCGCCUCGCAGCGCAGCAAGUGAGGCCGCCCCAGGCACCAGCAAACGCGGAUGAAUGUAGCCCUCCCAACACCGGACCGUCUGACCAAACACAGCCAGCAGCUCGGGAGCAAACCAAAGACCACCCUGAGGAGCGAGAAGUCUGUGGAGGCCCCCGGGGCCGCACGCCGAGAAUCGCGGGCAGCGGAGGGGCACGGGGAGGCUGGGGUCCCUGGAUCCGCUGGCCGCCCACCCGCCUCUGCAGGCUUCGCAGUCGCCACUCCCAUCACUCCCCACCACUCGGAUGGAUCCCCUGUCCACGACGCUAUCCCUUUGAGUUGAACUAACAUAGGUGAACGUGUUCCAAGCAAAGCAAAAUUCACCCCCUUUUCUUUUUUGUGGAAAAUUGUCUCUGUACAUGUGUGUACAUAUUAGAAGGGGAAAGAUGUUAAGAUAUGUGGCCUGUGGGUUACACAGGGUGCCUGCAGCAUUAAUAUAUUUUAGAAAUAAUAUAUCAAAUAACUAACUCCAAUUUUUACUCAAUAAUUAAUUUUGUUUUCUUUUUGAACAGAAAGCAGGCUUUUCUAGACUUUGAAGAAUAAAGUCUUUGGGAGGUCUAAUGGUGUAGAAAGGAACUUUGAGGCCACCCACAAAAUUCACCCCGAGGGGAUUCCCGGCCGAGGACACUCGCAGCAGUUCUGGACCCCUGUGUCUGUCAACAGAAGGGAUACCGUCCGCGGAGGGCCUGGCCCUCCCCACCUGUCUAGCUCACACACAGUUCUUUCGGCUUUCACAGGUUUUAAACUGGUUUUUUGCAUACUGCUAUAUAAUUCUGUCUCUCUCUGUUUCUCUCCCCCACCCCGCUCCAUCCCCUGUACCUACGCACCCCCAGGCAAAGCAGUGCUCUGAGUAUCAUAUCACACAGAAGGAACAAACGCGAAACACACAAACCAGCCUCAGCUUACACUUGGUUACUCAAGAGAACAAGAGUCAGUGGUACUUGUCCUAGCAUUUUGGAAGAGGAAAACAGGAACCCAUCAAAGCAACCAGCCAACCCAACCAAGAGAAAUUCCAUGAAGAAAGAAUGUAUUUUGUCAUUUUACAUUUUGGUGUCUAAGCCAUCAACAUUCAGUGAAAUGAUUUCUUUUUUUUUUUUUUUUUUUAAAAAUGGAGGAAAAUAAUUUACACAAGGUUGUUGGCCCAGGGCGUUAAAAUUUACAGAUUUUUUUUUUAAACAAAAACACAAAAAAAAGCUACCUCAGGUGUUUUUUACCUCAGCACCUUGCUCUUGUAUUUCCCUUAGAGAUUUUGUAAAACUGAUAGUUGGAGCAUUUUUUUAUUUUUUUAAUAAAAAUGAGUUGGAAAAAAAAAUAAGAUAUCAACUGCCAGCCUGGAGAAGGUGACUCCAAGUGUGCGACCGCCGUUUUGAAUUGUCUUCCGCUAGCCGAGAGCCUGUAUGGCCUUCUUUUGGACAAACCUUGAAAAUGUUUAUUAAAAAAAGACAAAAACAGAGAGAGAAUUGGAGAUGUCCUGAAUUCCAAUAGGGUACAUGCCAUUAGGGCUUUUUGCGCGAAAGGAUGAACAUGUACUGGUUUAUGUGAACAAGCCAUUUUACCACCAGACUGCAAUGCCAGUUUCCUCUACUGCAAACAGUGUUCUGUGGCAAAGAAAAAAGGAAAAAAUUUCAGAAAAAAAAUAUAUAUCCAGCUAACAUGA